AUGGCCGCAGGUCCCAGCGGAAGCGACAACAAGGACGAGGGGACGUCCGAUAAGACUGGAAUCAUCGUCGGCGUAGUGGUUGGGGUGGGGGUUCCGCUGCUCCUAGCAGCCCUGGGGACGUGGUACUUCCUCCUCCGUCGAAAACGUAAAGGUAGGAAGGAGAAGGAGAGCCACCCUGGUGUUGAGCCAUACGUGGUAAACGAGAAGGAGUUGGCCCGUUUCUAUAGCGCUGAGUUGGCCGCUGGAGAAAGCCCGUCGUCCCAGGCUGCCGGAGAUAGAAGAGCCUCCACAUCAGCCGGCUUGGGUGAUGACAUUGGCCCGUCCGCCCGGCGUAUUGUGCAGGAGGAGGAUGCUGGAUAUGUGGAGUACCUUCCGCCCCGAUACCGCGAGGCAUGGCAGUAUGGGCCAGAGGAGGGGACGCCUUCACGUGGAGAGCCUGCCCCCAUGACCUCUGAGCUCUCACAGCCCGACGAGGCGACUGACAGCCCAAACGAGCUUCGUGCGACACUAGGAGAGCCUCUGCCACUAAAGGAGGAUUAUAUCCGUACUUUCGCUUCGCCCAACGGCUCGUCGUCUCUGGACCACGUUUCUACCAGCCCGGCUCCAAACGGUCCAUCGUUUUCGAAGGACGGUGGAGCUGGUUCAGUCUCUCGGCGGGACGUCAAGAGCCCUAUGGGACCGAGAGGGCCGAGAACAGUUCCCCGCGAGAGUGGACUCCAUGACGGAUUGCCGACGGCUCCACCACCAAGUGAGCUACCCACCGCACUAGAGGGCGACUACAAGAGGGCGUUCCCCUAG